AUGGUGUUUAAUUUUAAAUAUUAUUUUAAUAAUCUUAAAGCAAUGUUAUAUUCCAUUAUAUCAGAUAUAUCUGAAUUAAUUAAUUAUAUUAUAUUUUUAUUAUAUUAUAAUAAUAAUUAUAGUUAUAUUAAUAUAAAUAAUCAUAUUCUAUUAAGUAAAGAAUUUAAUAAUGAUGAUAUUAAUGAUAAUACAAAUAAUAAUGAAGUAAGUGACAAUAAUCAUAUAAAUGAUAAUAAUAAUAAUCAUAUUACUAAUAAUCCAUCUUCAAUUAAAGAAAAUAAUAUAUCAACGAAAGAUAAAUUAAUAUCAUUAAUAGAGAAGAAGCAUGGAGAGAAGUGAGUAAAGAAUUAUAAAAACUAUACAUUAAAAGAGUUAAAGAUAUUAUUAGACAAAGAUAUUAAUAUAUUUAAUAAGAAGUAUUGAGACAAUGUAUUAAAGAACAAAGAUAUUGAAUAUAAUGAAUAUUAUAAAUAUUCAAUAUUAUUAGGAUUAGCCUUAAGUGGAUUAAAAUUUAAGCCUAAUGACAAGAGAUAUUAUUAUACACAUACAUUAAAAGAUAUAACUUACAUAAGUGGAUUAAGGAAUGUAUUAAUUUAUUUUAAUUUAAUAACAGGUAAGUUAGGUAAGAAGCAAGUAUAUAAGAACAAGAAUGAUAAGAAAUAUAAUAAUAUAGUAAUACAUUUACGUAAAUUAGACAACAAGUACAUAGUACCAUUAUUAUCAGGCUUAUUUAGAUAUAAUAAAUGAACAAAUAAGUGAGAGAUGAGAUUAAUAAACAAGCAUUUAUUUGGGAAUUAUUUUACAUGAAUAUCAUUAGGAAUAUGAUUAUAUGAGAAGAGGAUACAUUCAGAUAAAGGAGGUUAUAUAAAAUUAUAUGAUGACAGUUUAAAACAUAUAAAUGACAUAAUAUUUUUACAUGAAUAUAUUAAGACGAAAUUCAACUUAGACAUAUCGUUAUAUGUGGAAGAGGAGAAGAAAAAUAAUGUAGAAAGUCAUAAUAAUGAAUUAAAUGACAAUACGAGAGUAUCACAAUAUAAGAUGUAUAUUAAGAAAAAUAGUUUAGAUAGAAUAAGAUUAAAUUUAUCAGAGUAUUUUACGACUGAGUUUAUCGAUGAUAUAUUUGAGAAUGACAGAAGAAGUAAUAAAUAA